AUGGGGGGCAACGAUCCUGUGCCAGUCGACCUCACCUUAGCAGGUAGGGCCGUUGUCACCGAGGUUCAAAAGCCUGCCCCGUUUUACGAGUAUCCUGUCUGGCUUAGUGUGCUCCUUCAACUUGGAUACUUGGAGGAACUCGAGCAGGGCGUUUUCAUGAGGCACACAGACCGCACCACGUGGACUGUGCACCCGGACUUGAACGACCUGGCACUUAAAGCAUACAAGCGCAGAACAGAGAACACGAUUUUCACACGUCUGGUCCAAGACCGGCAGCUGUUCGCUCAAGGGAACGAGGUGUUCAACGACGCGGUUGUGCAGGAGCGCCUUGAUACUGAAUGCGAACGUGAUGCAGCAUGGCCGGAGCUGAGGACUUCUAGGUCUGUUCCGACUGUUGCAGCUGGUGGUUUGGUUGAUGAUGUGACUGUUCCAGCCAAUGUUCCGGCUGAGGAGGAUGAUGAUGUUGCCGCGAGUGAGGUGACUGAGUCCGAGUUUGGUGACUCGCCUAUUGCGCCUGCUGAAAGUGCUUGGCCCAGUGAGAUCUGGCAGGCUCAAGCGAGUGGCACAUGGCGUGAUGCACUGAAUGUCAGAGGCAUAGUGACGAGUGGGGCACGGUACGAAGGGUAUCGGAACCCGCCGCAUCUUCAGGCUCUGCUCGAUUUGGGAGUUUUGGUUCAAGUCAAUGCGGGUGUCUUUCAGCUGGUGCACCGACCGGAGCACCGUAUGCCAGUUGAAGUCUUGCCCUAUCUGGCCGUCAAGGGCCAUGCCAAUCGUCAAGAGGAGGACUAUCUCCAAUUCCUGUUGGACAACGAGAUGUUGUUUGACUGCACGCCUGACUGGUCGCAGUUUGACCCCACCAGAGAAUAUGUUUGCAACAUGUUCUGGGAUGAAAAUGUGGAGGCUCAAGAGCGACACCGCCAGGGUGUUCCAGUUUCAUCUUCUGAUUACAACUAUGAUAUGGACGUUGAGGCACUGUUGGAACUUGGUGUUCUAACCGAGGUUGAGAAAGGGUUGUUUUCUUCCGCGUCUAGGUCAAGCACGCGGCGUAUCGACCCUGCACGACUGGGCCGUAUUGCCCGGCAGAUGCACGAAGACGGGUCUGCUACUGCUGUCUUGCGCCACCUUGCAAAAUCCGACGUGCUGUUUGCGUGUGCGGAUCCUGCUGGCGGUGCUAACAUGUGGAUGGAUCGGAAGUAUUACUUCGCUCAUCUUAUGCCGGCAUCCCUGCUGGAGGGGGGAGCGUGUGUGUCUGAAGCGCGUGCGUUUACAGUAGACAUGCCGUCAGGUGAAACUCGUCGCUCUUGGCGAGAUGGUCACCAGGCAGCCCUAAACCCUGCGCCUCGCGCCAGGUAUACCUACCCACCCCGUCUGUUAGCUUUGCUUGAGCUAGGCUACCUGAUGGAAGUGCAUAAGGGUGUUUUUGAGCGUCAAAACGUCCCCAACGAACGGUUUGUGCACCCUUUGCGGGGCCAGUUGGCUCGUGAAUGUGCUCAGAGACAGUCAGAGGAUGAGCUGCUCCAAGAGUUGUUGAACGAUGGCGUGUUGUUUGACUGCAAAGGGGACAGCAAGUUCGACCUGUUCUGGGACAACGUGGUAGAAUCCUUUGAGAGUGAGCGGCGGGCGCCAGCCCCGCAGAAUGCGCUCCAAGUUGCAGGAGUGCCCACUGAGGUGGAACUCUGUGACGUCUCCUCUUCGGGUUUGAGUGCGCUGUUGGGAUCAUUGCCUGCUAGUUUUACCGCAGACAGGGACUUGGAAGUCCACAAAGCCCCAAGACUGGACAACAGUAACCCCCGACGGCUUGCUUGUACGAUAAAUGGCAAGGUGCUUCAGCACCUGGUGGUUGAUACGGGGUGUGAAAUGAUCGUCAUGGGCAGGGAAGCGGCCAGGCAAGCAGAAAUCAAGCCCAGCACGAUGAAGAAAGGCGCCGUUGCGCUGCGGUGUGCAGAUGAACGGGUCACUGCACCGUUUGACCGAUCCUUAGAGCGAAUUCCGGUUGUGCUUAACCCAGGCACGGUGGGUGAAACCACUGUUGGUGCAUAUGUGGUUGUCACACCAGGAGACAAUGAUAUUGUGCUUCUCGGAAUGAGUGUGAUUGGGAAGGUUGGACUGACCGCAAAUGCCUACAAAGGCAAGAUGAAGUACUACAAGGACUGGCAAACAAGGGGGACAACUUCUGUUGGGAUACCUGCUGUGUUUGAGGUGCUGCACCGUGGCGCACCCCUGUCGUCCAAGAUCGCAAAGGAAGCCGUAGUGGGUACGCCAACCUUCGGCCCCUUAACCAAGACAUUGUGGGCGUCCUUUACUGAGUCUGCGGAGUCUGGUCUGGUUGUUGUUGAGUUGUGCGCGGGCAUUAUGGCGUCUACAGAGGCGCUGAUUCGCAUGGGGAUCAAGAUCAAGCAGCUUCACUGCUGCGAGAGCGACCAGACAGCUCGGGCGGUUGUGAUGGCUAGGUUGAAGACGUUGAGCGGAAUUUUCCCUGACCUCUUGGCCGAGUCUGCGUUCGAGAACUGCUUUGGGUUGCUGCCACAGGACGUCAAGCUGAUCAAUCAAAGUCACAUCAUUGCGCUAGGACCUCUUGACUUGGUAGUUUGUGGGUUUCCCUGCCAGGGAUUCUCGCGGGCGUCGGGGACGGCCAAAGGCCUUCGAGACCCACGCACCGCCGUCUUUGUCGACGUAGUUCGGUUGGUACACAGGAUCAUUCGCCACCAAGGAAACUGUGCGUGGUUGUUUGAAAAUGUUGAUGCAUCAGAUCACCCAGAUCUCCAGGUGCGCCAGGAGUUCAACGAGGUGGUCAAGGGAGUCCUCGGUCAAGCCUGUGCCUUUGAUGCUGUUGCAGUGGGUUCGUACGCCCACCGGUACCGUCAGCAGAGCCUCGUGCGGUCCGACCGCGGGGGAAUGACAAAGCCGACUGCGGCAGAGCGCGAGGGGGCGAUGGGUUUCGUGCGCGGGACAACCGUCAAAGUCUCGGCUGGACCCCCAAAUGAGGGGAAGGAGGACAGCCCCGCAGCGGCCAAGGCGGCCCAAGGACGGCCUCCACCCGACCCAGAACCUGAUGUUGAGUAUCUUGGCCACAGGGUUGUUCCUGGGGGGACUGCCUCGAUGCAGGUCAAGGUGGAGGCCAUCGUGAUGAUGCGAUCUCCGACAUAG